AGUAUUGUAUGUGCAUAUGUAAAUGUCAUAUCAACGGCAAGGACAAAGAGCAAUAAAAAAGCAACACAAAAACAAAAAUUUUAAAUAAAACACAACUAUAGGAUACACCGUCAAUGUCAUGGUACUACAGAGCAUGCGUCAAAAUUAUUCAUUGCCAAAGUGUGGGUGUUAAGGAUAUACAGGAUUCGUAACAAACAAAAUAACGUGAGAACAGGCGCAACGCUCGUUAAACGUAAGCAUAUGUAUCUACAGUGAAAAAGCGCGCUCGAAAAUAAUUCGAAGCCGAAAAUAGAAUAACCGAGUAGCAAAACAUUAAGCAUCGGCGUGCCGGACAACAGAAAGUCCAAUUGGUGGAUGAAGCUGCAGUUAACAGUUAGACGAAAAACGUCAAUCAGCGGCAGCAGAAGUGCAUUACUUGAGCUGAGCUGAGCUGAGCUGUGUGGUUAGCCAACAUUACACAACAACUUAGAAACGCAUUGACAAUAACAUUCGAAGGGCAUACAUACAAGUGAAGUGCAAGCAAAGUGGAACUAAACAAAUAAAAACAAGCUCAAAACAGAAAAAAGAAAAGAGAAGCUAAAGUAACACUAACAAGACACUUGUGAAAAUCAGAGUGCGAAAAGAAAUAUCAAAAUAGCAAAAGCUGGCAAUAAAUAUUUGUUUCAAAAAUCAUUCCUCAACUUGAAAAAGAGAAUAAAGCAAAGUGCAUUUCGCAGCUCAAAUUCAUAAAUAUUCAAUUAACAAUAAAAAAAACGCAUUUACAUAACCGAAAUUCACUCGUUUUGACUACAAGCCAACGCAUACUACCUUCUGGCACACAUACACACAUAUCUACUACUCGCCACCUUUACUCCGCUUAACUAAAAACCAGCAGAGUAUUAAAUAAUUCUAAGUGCUCGAGGAAAAACAAAUUUCAAACAGUGCAAGCGUCCCAUCGCUAGCAAACAUGUCAACAGUAUCUACAGAUAAUGCGUCCGCGAAGGUGGACGGAAAGGAGGAGAGCGCCCACCUGCUGGAGGCAGCUGUCAACGGCGAGAGAUAUGGAUCGAAUAAAGCGGAUCAAGAAAACCUACUCGGCAGCAGCAUGGUUCACGGUACGAGUGAGAGCAACUCAAAGACCCUACCACAAUAUGUGGCGGCUUUGUCAGCUGCUGGUGGCGCAUUUGCCGCUGGUACACUGCUCGGUUGGACAUCACCCGCCGAAGUAAAGAUCAAUAACGGCGCUUAUGAUUUUGAAGUGUCGAAAAGCGAAUUCUCAUGGGUUGGCUCAGCCAUGACAUUGGGUGCGGCGUUCGUUUGCAUACCAACUGGUAUACUCAUCAAUUUGGUGGGACGUAAGCUGGCAAUGUUGUUGCUGGUGCUGCCCUUCACUCUAGGUUGGGGUUUGCUAAUUUGGGCGCAAAAUGUGCCCAUGAUGUUUGUCGCUCGUUUCCUGCUGGGUAUUGCUGGUGGUGCAUUCUGUGUAGCCGCACCUAUGUAUACGGCCGCACCUAUGUAUACGGGUGAGAUAGCGCAGAAGGAGAUACGUGGCACGCUUGGUAGCUUCUUUCAACUUAUGAUAACGGCGGGUAUAUUGUUUGUGUAUGCCAUCGGUGCGGGAUUGAGUGUGUUUUGGAUGAGCAUCGUAUGCGGUGUGAUACCAUUGGUAUUUGGUGUCAUUUUCGUAUUCAUGCCGGAAUCACCCACAUAUUUGGUUAUUAAAAAUAAGGAUGAAGGUGCUAUCAAAUCCAUUCAAUGGCUACGUGGCAAGGACUAUGAAUAUAAGGCUGAAAUUGAGGAAUUACGCGAAACCCAGCUAAAGAUUAAUGAGAAUCAGGUUUCCUGGUGGGUGGGUCUGUCACGUCCCGUCACACGAAAGGCUUUGCUCAUCAGUUUGGGCCUUAUGUUCUUCCAGCAAUUAUGUGGUAUUAACGCUGUCAUUUUCUACUCGGCCAAAAUUUUCGAGGAUGCGCAAACCGGCAUCGAUGCUAAUCUCUCAACCAUUGUCGUCGGCAUAAUGCAAUUCAUCGCCACUUUUGUAUCCACAAUUGUUGUUGACAAGCUGGGACGUCGUCUAUUGUUGCUCACCUCAGGCCUUAUUAUGGCACUCGCUACCAUUUCCAUGGGUAUCUACUUUUACAUGCAGGAUCAAGAUGCCAAUUCAGUGGCUACGCUCGGUUGGUUGCCUGUCGUCAGCUUGUGCGUCUUUAUUGUACUCUUCUCACUCGGCUUCGGACCAGUACCAUGGUUGAUGAUGGGUGAAGUAUUUGCGGCCGAUAUUAAGGGAGUGGCUGGUUCCAUUGCCGGUACAACUAAUUGGGCUUUGGCUUUCCUUGUAACAAAAUCAUUUGUGAAUCUAAGUGACUCAUUGGGCAAAGGACAAACCUUCUGGCUCUUCUCGGCGAUUACCAUUAUUGGAGUUUUCUUUGUAUUCUUUAUUGUGCCAGAGACAAAGGGCAAGAGUUUGAAUGAGAUACAAGCCGAAUUGGAGGGCAAGAAUGCGAGCACGACGUCACAAGCAGCAGCAGUGAAUGGUGCUGUUUAAGGCAAAGUCGAGAUUCAACGCUAACACCUACUAAAGGAAAACCGAAAAAACAGGGAUGCAUGCAGGGAGAUGGAUUGUGGUGUGAGAAGAGAAGCAUUUCGCGGAGCAGUUGAUCGCGAAGUGGCUGAAGAAGAAGAGGGAGAAGGAGUUGAACGUAUUAAAGCUUUUCAACAUAAAUUAUUGUUUUUUUUUUUUGUUUAUUGAAAAGUAUUGCAUAACUUUAGUUACUAUCAAUACACAAGCAAAACACAUUCACACACAUACACCGCAUGUUGAAUGAUCAUACAUAUGCAUAUAUAUUUACAUACAUACUUACAUACAUACAGUCUCUUAACGAUUAAGUCUAAAAUUAAGUAUGGAUGCAUGCGUCUGAAAAGGAAGCUAAUUUAUGGAAGCAAAAAUUAAAAAAAAAAUUAACUCCUUCGCUGCGUUUAACAAUUCUACAAAGGGGAAUUUACAUUUAUAUAAUUAUAUAAUUAUGUAAUUUUUGUUUUUGUAGUAGAUUAUGCGCAUAAACUGUAUAAUUAUAUUUGUGCGUCAAAAUUGUUAUUAUUUUUUGUGUUGUUUUAAAUUAUUGUAAAACUUCGUAUACUCAAUUUUGCUUCAUUGCAGUUUUAUAGUUAUUUUAAUCGAAUGCACUUUUAGUAGACAGCACAUAAAACCAAAAUUUUAAAUUUUGAAGAGCAAAUACUGAAUUUAAAAUAAAAAAAAAAUUUUAAUUCUUGAAAAAAAUUCAAUUGUGAAAAAUUUUAAAAAUCUCAAUUUAUAAAAUUAAAUUUUUUGUUAACAUCUGCGUAGAUAUUAUAAAAACACUCUCCACCCAUCUCUUGUUUCGAAAUGAACAUGAACAGCCGAGUAAAAUAUAAAAAUCUUGGCCCCUAUCUAAGUAAUUUUUAAGAUAUUUUUGUUUUAAUAAUUUAAUUUAAUUCUGCAAUUAAAAAGGCAAAAAUGUUGCCCUGAAAACUUAUCUAUGCUGACAGUUAAACAGCUAAGAAGUUAACAGUGCAGUUGGCAUGCGUAAAUGUAGCUAACAGCGCUGAAAACAAAUGAAAAUGCAACUAACAGAGAAGUUAGCAUGAAUAAGUCAGCGAAUGUUAAUGUAAGUAAUAUGCAUUAACAUACGCUGCAAUAGAACUAACAGAGAAGACUGAAGGUCAAGGAAUAAAUAAUCCUAAAGCAAAAAAAAAGCUAAAUUGCUUAAAUAAUAACAAAAUAAGCAAAAACAUAAAAUGUUUAAAAUACACUUGAAUGUUGUAAAAUUGUAAGGCCUAUUCUGAGUUAGGUUAAUUAAGAAGUUAUGUAAGCAGAAUUACGGUGACACUGCAGUACAUUAAGGCAGCAAAAGUGCGUGCGCGUUUAUUAUGUGUGUCAAGGAAGCUAGUUGUAUGUAAGAAGUUUGUUGGCAAGAAAAUUUUGUUUGAAAAUAAAAUGUUGAGAUUUGAAAAAAUGUUAGCAUUAAACCACCGUAGUUACACAAUAUAGCAUAACUCCAAAAUAAGCAUAUUAGAGUUUACAAAAAACAAAAACACAAUAUCAUAAAAAAAAAACACAACAAAACACAAAAAGAUCGUCAGCAGUAAAAAAAAAACAACUUAAAAACGCAUUUAAUGUAUUUUAGUCAAAUCUAUUUUGUCAUUCUAAUUGUAAAUUGCAUUUUGAAGCUUUUUAGAUUACAUAUUACAUUCAGUGUUAAUGCAUUUUGUCUUGUGUUUAAGUAAAUGCGCGCACAUAGGCGUACAAAUAUUUUAGAAAUUUCUCUUUUUCAAAAACAGUAACUUGCAACUUUUACGAAAAGCACCUUCAGCCACAAAAAAAAAUGUUAGUAGCGCCCAAAUUAAUAACUAUAAUCACUCACUACAAAUGCAUUUAGAUAUUUAUUAAUGUGUUUGUUAGUAGAUCGCUUGGCACUGAAAGCUUUAAAACUUUCCACGCACAAA